GGAGACAUACAUGCCCGACAGUAACACGUUCAUGACCAGCGGCGGAGAGUUAGGGUUGGCCUUACAUGAGAUGUAUCAGGUUUCUGGUCUUCCAAUGGGGGAUUGUCCAUAUCAGGAGUACUUUCCCUCGAACCAGCAGUUGGGGUGGUUGAAGAAGGAUACUCCCGACAUGCAUGAUACUCUUUGGGACAUCACUUGUCAUUAUUAUACCUCCUUGAUCAAGAUUUCUCCUCCAGCGAAGAAGAAAAGGCAAAUCAGCUUGAAACAGUUUGCUGUCUAUCUGUUCCCUAAUUUGGAGGGUGACUCCGGCGAGCCCCUUCGUGAGUUAGAUGUCCUGACCCCUACCGCCAUUAAUGAGUUGAUGGAGAAGGCUGAGGCUCAUUCUUACACCAUUGCCCGUGCUGAGGGAGCUUUUCCUGCAGGAACCAAGUUUCGUUCGUUCCUCCGCCGUGCACAGAAGUCCAUCGAGCCCCGGACUCUGCUAGCAGGCUACAUUGCCCUCUGGUUGAAGAAGUGUGUUGUUCCGUACCGGUCUUUAGACGCCUUACCUCUCGAGGUGCUCUUCCCCGCAGUUCAGCUAGCUUAUGGGAGGGAGCUUUCACUGCUCCCAGCGAUGGUUGCCGGCAUCCAUUGCGGGCUUAGGUAUCUGGUCAGUGGUUUUACACGGCUGUUGGAGAGGAGCAGAUGGCUCGGGAAGAAAUUCGGCGAUGCACAACAAGAGCUUUAA